AUGUCACUGAACUAAAUGUGAUCUCUUUGCCUGUGUAAUAGGGUCGUCUGUGCUUCUUAGAAGUAGCAUUAGCUCUAGGUAUUUGCAUUGUUAACAGCUUUUAAUAUUUUCCUUGCACAUUUUACAAAAAGGAAAAUAACACUGUUUCAAGUAUCAAUGAAGUGAUUUUGCUUUAUUUUCUACAAUGAAUGCUUAUUUCUCUAUUACAAUACAACAAUUAUAUAUUAGAAGUUAGAAAAGUGGCAAAUAUCUAACUUGUAAUGGAGUGGCACUACAACUAAAACGAGGCUGAGUUAUAUUGAAUAUACUAUACUGUAACUUGUACCGGUACGUAGAUUUUUAAACAUUAAUUAAUAUUACAAGCAGUACGUUGUUUAAAUUCCACAAAGUAAUGGGGUUUAAGGGGGGUCUCCGUGUCAUUGGUUUCAAACACCUUAAAAACAAUUAUACUGCAACAGUGUAACACUGACAUUUUUAACACUUAACUUUUGAGAUGGGGGGUGGUGGACAGGACAGACCCGUUUAAUUUCGUUGUGUGUGUGUGUGUGUGUGUGUUCCUGUGUGUUCGUGUGUGUCUGUGUCUGGGUGGAAGCCGUGUCUCUCCCUGUGAGUGCUGAAAGCCGAUAAAGCUAUUUUGAAAGUGACCCUGCAUUCGGGAACAGGACAGAGCCGAGCGAGAGAGCAGCUGUUUGAAAUCAUGACUGAAGAUGACGGAUUCGGUUGUUGUGGAGGGACAAGUCAAAUUGAGAGAUGGAAAAAAGUGGAAGAGUAGAUGGCUCGCGCUCAGAAAACCCUCCCCUGUAGCAGAUUGUUUGUUAUUGCUAGUGUAUAAAGACAAGUCAGACAAGACCAAAGGACACAAGGAGAGGAGCAGCGUGACUUUAGAGGAUAUCUGUGGCCUGGACCCUGGACUCUCCUACGAAGGGAUGAGUCACACGAUGGCAAUCAUCUGCUUGACACAGGCAGUAAUGCUGGGAUUCGAAAACAAGGAGACGAUGUACGCCUGGGACGUUCGCAUCCGAUACAGCCUGGGAGAAGUCCACAGAUUUCAUGUAGUAGUGUUACCUGGCACCAAAUUGGAGAGUGGACCUGCUACGCUACAUUUGUGUAAUGACCACUUGAUUCUUGUAAGAGACGUCCCACCGACAAUUAUUGGACAGUGGAAGCUCUCAGACCUCAGGCGAUAUGGAGCAGUUCCCAAUGGAUUUGUCUUUGAAGGUGGGACAAGAUGCGGCUAUUGGGCCGGUGUAUUCUUUCUCGCCUGUGCCGAAGGGGAGCAGCUCAGCUUUCUGUUUGACUGUAUUGUUCGAGGCAUCUCCCCAACCAGAGGCCCCUUUGGACUACGGCCAGUUCUACCAGAUCCUAAUGCAAACCCUGCGAACAUGGAGGACAGAGUCACCCAUGAAACACUGGAGUUGGAGAAGCGCCUUAGCCUUCUGUCUCACUCGAGUCGGCAGAGCAGCACAGCAUCUACUUCCAGUUAUGGUGCGUCUGUAGCACUGGGAGACGAUAGAAGCCUGUCCAGCUCUUCGUCUGACACCAGUCACUCGGACACGAGCAUUGGGAGCCGGUUGGCAAUGUGGCCGGAACCUUCCCUGGGAAGUGCCUCCAUGGAGAGUCAUGAACUUGCAGCAGUGAAAAGCAUGCAUCCUGGGGAGGAAAAAAUGUACGCUGAGGUCAUGCGUGGCUCUAGGCCACCGCCUAAGCCCCCCCGGCCGAGGAAACCGCACGAAAUCGUCCGCCAGAGUUCUUCGGACAGUGGGAUUGCGACUGGAAGUCACUCCUCUUACUCUGGAAGCUUCUCUUCCUAUGCUGGCAGUCUGGAUAUCUGCCACGCAGAUGAGUUUGGAUCCUUGCUUAGCCUGCCGCUGAACUUUGCUUCAGAUCAGAAUUUGUGCACUUGCCAGCACGGUGAGCAUCCAAGGGCUGUGGGCUCCGAGUAUCAGGUUCCCAGCUCUCUGAAGCAUCUGUACGACACACCUAGGAGUUUAUUACAGGCAGCUACUGCCAGGGAAGUGCAAUGCAAGAGUUCGGUUUCCACGCUACUAAAGGACCAGGGCACCUCAACUCUACUUCAAAGUGCUACAGACACUAACGUGGCUGUGCCUGCGCAAAGGCCAGACAGGGGAUUGGCUGCAGCACUUUCUGAUUACGGAAGCACCAGAGACUCGGAUGAGACGUAUGUGGAUUACGUUCCAAGGUGGUCAGUUGCAAAGCAACAAGGAGAGAUGCUUGAAUGCAAAAGUAGCGAGGUGGCGCCAUCUGCUGAUGUCUCUACAGACCCUUGUGAAAUAUACAGCCCUCAACCGGGAGUUACAAGAGCUCUGUUUACUGUAUGUCCAGUCUGCGGAGGACUAAAGGGAACAACACUGUCACAUUCAGGAGUCUUAACCAUACCAGCUGUACCAGCAGGAUCUAAAUGUGACACAUCCGAUAAAAACUGCGGCAUGUCUUUGUACCACUCUCUGGAAUGUGCCAGUGCCGAGGAGAAUGAAAAUAGCAGCGAUGACAAUAGAGAAAGCACAGAAGGACCCGAAAGAACUCGUGAAGAGGGUAUUUAUGAAGCCAUUUGGGAAGCCAAAAGCUCACGCAAGAUAGAUCCAGAACACGACAGAACCAUGGAACAGAACACUGCUUAUAAGGACCAUGACAAGCACUAUGUAGAUGCAGGAUCAACUCCUGACAAGUUUAAAAAUAUCUUGAACAAAAACCAGCAGAGAGAUGGUAAGCAUUUCAGCAUCUCCUCAGGUAUGUGCAGCAAUUAUUGCACACUUGUUAACUCAAAUCCAAAGACUUGUGGACAACACCUAUAUGAACCCAUGGCAUCAACCCUAAGAUAUCUACCCUUAUCCAAAACAGACGUUACAAAAACCUUAACUUCUUCAAAGAAGGAACAGUUGCCAGACAUGCACAAUGAUAUUGAGAAUCAAGAUUACUCCUCUACUAAAGAGGCCAGUAAAGUGGAUUUUGAUGCACCUGAAGUAAAUUCAUCUACUGCCACCCCUAGGCAAAAUGCUGCACGUUUACAGAAGCCACUUCACAUUCUGAAAACAGUAGACCCUACAGAGUCACUCUCAGGAGAGAAAGAGAAGGACUUAAAGGAUCCAAAUGCAGUGCCGGUUACCAAAGUACUAAUGAAUUCAUCUGGGACACAUCCAUAUUCACAGCCUCCUGAAAGUGAUGAUCCAAAGCAGGAGGUCAGUAAUGACACAGAGACUGAAGAAGAUAAGAAACCAAAGAGAAAAGAUGAGAAACGAAAAACAGAUCUGACUGAGGGACGGGGAACAGAGAAGUCAACAGAGUCAGAUGAAAAAAGUGAAUUAAUGGCAAGCUGUGGACAACGAAAGAUCUUCCAUGAAACAGAAGGAGCUACUAUUUCAGUAGGUUCUUCUGGCACGCUGAGGACACACAGAGAGCACAGUUCACUUGCAGAUCCAAGGGGAACCUAUGAGCUAAUGGCCUCUGCGGUUGAAUCUCCAAAGAGAUGUGACUUCGGUCUUCUCGGAGAAUAUGGGGGCAUGUUUGCGUACCCAGUGGAUCUGCCUGUGCCGGACAGGCCCCGCGGUGAUGGAGUUACCUAUGUUAAUAUUCCUGUCAGCCCAACCUCAAAGAAACAGCUUCAUUACAUGGAAUUAGAGCGGCAGGAACCUGGUUCUGGAGCUAGAGGUAACACAAUACAUCUCCAUAAACAUAGAGGAGGCUCCACUAAAUACGCUCAGAUUGAUAUCACUGCGACAGAGACAGCUCACAAAGUGGGAACCCAGCACGCCCAGUUCAGAGAGGAGAGACUGCAGGAGCUAGAGCAGAAAAAGAGAGGGGCCCAGCAGUGAUCUAUUAGUGAAACAACCAUUUCAUGAACCGUACCUUACCAAAGAUCACGGUUUUACCUGAAUCACAACGUCAGGGCAAUCUAGAGAAUAAGGACUGGAGACGUGUACCAGGUCCACGGCACACCCAUUCCAGCAAGGGGAUUAUUUAACCCACUGAAGUAUUGCAGCAUAGCACUGCCAAAGAGUUUUGCAAUAAAAUUUGGUAUUUGGUAUGUUAAUUUUUUCUUUUUUCGUACUGAAAUCAGUUUUAAAAACAAUUCAGUACCAACAAAUAUACUGUAAGAGCGCGUUUAUACAGCAGUGUGGAGUAGUGGUUAGGGCUCUGGACUCUUGACCGGAGGGUUGUGGAUUCAAUCCCAGGUGGGGGACACUGCUGCUGUACCCUUGAGCAAAGUACUUUACCUAGAUUGCUCCAGUAAAAAUCCAACUGUAUAAAUGGGUAAUUGUAUGUAAAAAUAAUGUGUACAAAACUAAUGUAAUUUUAUGUAAAAAUAAUGUGAUAUCUUGUAACAAUUUUAAGUCGCCCUGGAUAAGGGUGUCUGCUAAGAAAUAAAUAAUACAUAAAUUCAGUAGCCUUUGAGCUUAAAAAACAAACAAAAAAGCAUGUUAGUACUGUACAGUUACAAUGCUUGACGUAUAGAUCUCUGAUUAUUAUCAGUCUUUCCUACAUAGGACACAGACACAAACAGCAUGAAAGGACAUAAAUAUGUAACAUUUAUAAACCUUCUCUAUUAAAUAGGCAAGGCAGGCAACAAAGUUGCCUCUUUUGUCUUCAAAACGCUCCACAGACCACAUUGAUUGUACAAGGAAUUUUACCUUUCCCUUCUGCAUUUUACAUUUUUCUGCUUCUUGUAAGAUUGGACAAUAAAAAAACGUGUGCCUUCAGAUAAUAUGCAAAUUAGUAAACUGUACCACUACUCAAAUGCUGUUUUAUUGAACAAAGGUUUGUCAAAUGUAGAGAUAUACGUAGUAAAAAGUGCUUUUAGUUGAUAUAAGAAUAAUUUUGUAUUGAAAGGGUCAAAUGUCUGAUCCUUUAGUUUAUUAGAAACAUGUUUGAUAAUUAUUUAUUUUGGUGUUAUAAGUAGGGCGUGUGUAUAUAUAUAUAUAUAUAUAUAUAUAUAUAUAUAUAUAUUUUUUUUUUUUUAAAGCCAUUUGCAGCAUACACUUGAAUAUCAUUGUUUUGUCUAUAAAAUAUUUUUCCACAGAAGCAUUCUGUUUAAAAAUAACAACUUCUUAUUUUUUGUAAUUUGUUGCCUUGGAUGAAAGUUUGUUCAGGAAUGUUUAAAUUAGGAAAUGUACUGUUUAAAAAAUGUCAGUAAGCUAGAUGCAUUGCUGCUAUUUGUUAUAUGUGAAUAUUUUUUGCAGUGUGUUGUAAUGUAGAUAUUCUAAUAUAGUUAUAUUUUUCUCAAAUACUCAAUAAAAUACAGUACCAUAGAUAAUAGGGCUGGAUAUCAGAAUGACUGUCCUAACUCAAGUACUCUACUUGAAAAAUCCUGUAAAUAAAUUCUCAGUUUUAGACAACCAGUAAUGCUUGAAAUACUAAAGACACCGUUAUAGAAAGAUAUUGUACAGAGUGAAUGUAAAUCAAAUAACACUAACACAGCCUGUCGGAGUAAUUUGUAUUUGUCAAUGUAUUUUCUUCUGACCUUUGUACCUCUUUAAUAAAUACAAAUCGAAUGCA